AUGCCACCAGUGAUGAGAGUGUUGGCGCUGUUCCCGCUGCUGCUGUCCCUGGGCCAGGCUGCUCCCAAGGAAGGAGCCACGAGGCACAAGAUUGAAGAGCUGCAGCAACCCCUGCCCAACCCCUUCAUGCCAGGCGAGGAGCAGCUCCGCCUUCUGCAGCGCUACCUGAAAGGACUAGAGAGGAUGGAGGAGGCUCCAGAACACAUGGACCGGGAACAGGUUCUCCUCUACGUCUUUGCCCUGCACGACUACGAUCAGAGUGGCCAGCUGGAUGGCCUGGAGCUGCUGUCCAUGCUGACGGCAGCACUGGCCCCAGAAGCUGCUGACUCUCCUCCCACCAACCCGGUGAUCCUGGUGGUGGACAAGGUGCUCGAAACCCAAGACGUGAACGGGGAUGGACUCCUGACUCCCGCAGAGCUCAUCAACUUGCCAGGAGAGGCCCCUAAGGUGCCCCCUGCCCCAGCUCUCCAGGACACACAUGCUAGUCCAAGGCAGGCCCCAUUAGCUAACAGCCCAGAUGAACAAGAAAGGCCAGGAGCUCUGAGUCUCAGCGAAACUGGGGAACUAGGAGAGGCCACAGUGGAGUCUUUGGAGCCUGUACAGGAGGUGGGGGAACCCGCAAUGGCUGAAGCAGAAGCCCUGGGCCCUGGAGAGGAGGCUGGAGGACAGGUUGAGGUGGAAGAAGUCCCAGGACCUGGAGAGGAGGACAGGGGACAAGUGGAGGCCAAAGACACCGUGGAGGAAGCAGAAGUCCUUCCAGGAGGAUCUGUGCAGUCUCAGGACACCGCCCAGACGUUAGAGGCCCACGCGGUCCAGCUGGAGAACGACGAGAUAUAA